UACAGCCUGACGUAUAUAUAAAGCCAUUGAAUUGGCAAUGUCGUUAGAACACUAGUUCAGCCACCAAUCUGACAGCACGAAAUCACAGCACUUUGGAAAACAGUAGCAACAUGGGCAAAGAUAAGUGCAAAUUCUGGGUCAACUGUUACAGGAAGGACCCAACACACAAGAAAAAUUUUCUCCACCCUGGUGACACAGUGGAAGAUAAUGAUGAUGAAGCCAUGGAAGUUGAUGAUUCUACCACCAAACCUGUUCCUCUGAGGCGGAGAAAAACACAUGAACUAAGCCAGAGUGAUGGCGAAGAUGAUAUAGAUGAGGCACCUAAAACAACACUGAAGAAAUCAAACUCAAAGAAAGCUAAAUGCUCAGAAGAUGAUGAGAAGCCAGGUCCUUCAGGGGAAGGUAAAUCUAGUGAUGAGGACACUAGCAAACCCAAGUGUGAAUAUUGGGAAAAAUGUUACAGAAAAGAUCCCAAACACAUGAAAGAUUAUCGGCACCCAAAGCAAAGAUUAAGCACAAGACCAAAACCAACAAGGAAGUUAGAAGAUGGGGAUAUUGUCAGUGUGGAAGGAGGUUUUAAACUGAAAAGAAUCGGCAGUGACUUUACAUGCACUUGUAUUGGUUGGAAAACACAGAAGAAUGCUACAAACAAACGGACAUGUAAACAUCUGAGGGAACAUUUGGGGGAUGUUUAUGAAGCCGCCAGAAUUGGUCAACUUCCUGUGGCAAAGAGGAAAGCACCAGAACCAACACAACAUUUCCGCCAUCUUGCAGUCAGUUUAUUACUAGCUCACAAAUACGAUGAAAAAUCUACCAAUCCUGUUGGCUGGUGGGUGAGCGAAAAAUUAGAUGGUGUGCGAGCAUUCUGGAAUGGAAAGUGCUUCUACUCCAGACUAGGAAAUCCUUUCUAUGCACCCAAGUGGUUUACAAAAGAUCUGCCAACAGACAUGCACCUAGAUGGUGAGCUGUUUGGAGGAAGGAAAAAGUUCCAGUCAACUGUCAGUAUUGUGAAGACACCAGAGUGUGAUAACUGGAAAAAACUUGUGUACAGUGUAUUUGAUGCACCUCACAUGGAAAAAGAAACAUUUGAAAAACGACAGGAGGCACUCACAGAGUAUUUUGAUGAACAUAAGCCUCAAUAUGCAGAGCUGGUGAAACAGACGAAAUGUACCAGUAAGAAUCAGUUGGAAGAGGACCUGAAAAAAAUCAUUGCUCUCGGAGGAGAGGGACUUAUGAUUCGAGAGCCAAAGUCUAAAUAUGAACGGAGGAGGUCAAAAACGCUUUUGAAGUUGAAGAAAUUUUACGAUGCAGAGGCCAUCGUAGUUGGUUAUGACCCUGGAAAAGGUCGUUUCACAGGAGCUGUUGGAGCCUUGAGGUGUAAGAUGGAAUGUGGCAAGCUGUUUUCUGUAGGGUCUGGAUUGACAGACAAGGACCACAGACGACCACCUAAGAUUGGCUCUAUCAUAACCUACAAAUUUCAGGAGUAUACAAACUCCGGCAGUCCACGUUUCCCAACUUUUCUAGGUGUGAGAAUUGAUGCUACAGAACCAAAGGAUGCAGAUGUACCAGUGACUAUAGCAGAUGAAUGAUGUUGCUUUUAUUUGUGACAAACAUUAUAUAACAACAGAUCAGCACACAAUACAUCUACUUCAACAUCAGACUUCUUUAUAAAGUGUUUAAAACCUAACGGCAGCUUAUUGUACAGGAGGUCAUUAAGAAAACUGUGAUGGCACCUGCUAUGGACAAUUUUCAAUCUAUAUAGUACCAAUCAAUUCUAUUGUCUAUUUUUGUACAUUAUUGUAUAUAGUUUUAUCUUUAUUUUAAUUAACCUUUGAAAUAGUUAUGAGCUAAUCAAUUUCAUGCUUUACUUGUACCUUGUCAUGAUUUUAAAAAUUUCAAGAAACAGAGUUUUUA